GAGGUCCCGGUGCAGGUGCCGCCGCCCCGCCCGCCCCGCGCCCCGCGCCCCGCGCCCGCGCCAGCCUCCGCCGCGGGCCAUGCAGGCCGCCGCCCUCCCCGAGGAGAUCCGCUGGCUCCUGGCAGAUGCUGAGGAGUUUCUGGCGGAAGAUUUGAGGAAUGAGAACCUCAGCCCUGUGGCAAGGGACCACCGAGACCACAUUCUUCGGGGUUUUCAGCAAAUCAAAGCUAGAUACUAUUGGGAUUUUCAGCCCCAAGGGGGAGACCAAGCUGAAAAUUUCCUUGGACAGGACAGCUCCGAUGAUAACCACAGUGGAAUUCAUGGCCCUUCCUUCAUCUCAGAUGCACCUUUUUUGCCAGAUUAUCAGGAUGAGGGAAUGGAGGACUUCCCAAGAGGAGCUCAAGAGCUGGAUAGCGUCAUCAAGCAAGGGUACUUGGAGAAGAAAAGUAAAGAUCCCAGUUUCUUUGGAUCAGAGUGGCAGAAGAGAUGGUGUGUUGUCAGCAGAGGCCUCUUCUGCUACUAUGCUAAUGAGAAAAGCAAGCAGCCCAAAGGGAUCUUUCUCAUUGAGGGCUACAGCGUACGGAUGGCCCCCUACCUGCGAAAAGAUUCCAAGAGAGAAUCCUGCUUUGAACUGACCUCCCCGGAUAGGCGCAGCUAUGAGUUUACAGCUACUAAUCCUGCUGAAGCCAGAGACUGGGUGGAUCAAAUAAGUUUCUUGCUAAAGGAUCUGAGUUCCUUAACCAUUCCAUGUGAAGAGGAGGAAGAGGAAGAGGAGGAAGAUGGGGAGAUGUAUGAUGACAUCGAUGGCCUUGACUCCCAAAAUUCUGGUUCCCAGCGCAGACCCAUCAUCUUGCCUGGGAGUCUAGGACUAAAACAGCCCUCAGAGGAGAAAGAAGAAGAAGAUAUUUACGAAGUCUUACCAGAUGACGAGCUCGAUCUAGAAGAGGAGGAGAGUGGCACUGGACAAAAAAGAGCGGACUAUGCCAGCUAUUACCAGGGCUUGUGGGAUUGCCAUGGUGACCAGCCAGACGAACUGUCCUUCCAGCGGGGUGACCUCAUCCGCAUUCUGAGCAAGGAGUAUAACGUGUAUGGCUGGUGGGUAGGAGAGCUCAACAGCCUCAUUGGGAUUGUCCCAAAGGAGUACCUCACCACAGCCUUUGAAGUAGAAGACAGAUGAAGCCCAGGACACAUAUCCUUCUCUCUCGCCUGCCUUUAUAAAGAAACUGAUCAUCAGAAGCUCCCACUUCCCACCUCUGCUACCCACCAACACCAUGGACUCUUCUCUGUACCCACGCCUCUGACACCUGUUAGUAACUGUAAGCCAUCAAUAGUGCAAGAGGGAAGAGGCAUAUUCAGCAGACCUGUAACCACACCUGCCUUGUCACAGCUCAUUCCGUCUCUAACCGUGCCCACACCGCCACUUCUGCCCUUUCCACAGGCUUGUCACCGAGAAGGUGAGAGAGAAGGAACCCUCCUGUCAAAGGUUUUUCCUUUGGAGAAGGGAGUCUCUGGUUGUUCUGUUUGAAAAGCACAAAUAAAUGUCUUACUUGGUUCCUGGCCAUGUGUGAUGGUGCUGAGUUUCUUUUGCAAUGGCAUCAAAAUGCUGGUUCCGGGCAUUCUCGACAACUCCA